UCUGUUUCGAGAACCUGCAGAAAUUGGUUUACCAUGCUUGCGAUGAGGAGCUGCUUGGGUUGAUUACACAAAGUCUCCAGCGGAGAUCCAGUGGAUGUUCAUCGGAUUUAAAUAGGGAUGACAACUGGAAGAAUGAUUCUGUGGAAGAUAUUAGCUACUUCUUCACGCCACUUUUGGCAUCGCACAUGUUCCUGGCUUCCGAGCUAUCCGAUGGUUUUCGUAUUAUGGAAGGUACCAACAACAUUCAUCUGCUUUUCUUCCGCGUGAUGGAAUUAACAUGCAUCCUGGCCUCCACGCUUCCGUUCCAUUAUGUGACUUUCUUGGGAUUAACUAUUAAACGGCUGUUUCGGAUGGGAUUCGUAUCAUUCCAUUCCAACAUUUUCCUGGACGAUGGAGAUCAGGAUCCCGCUGACGAAUACUGGCUAAUUAAGAAUGCGGUAAAAAAUUUGGAAAGAUUCGCUAAGGAAGAGCCGACUUGCAUCUUUCAACUUGCAGAACACGUUUUCCUUCCGGAAAGCAUAGUAGAAAGCUGUGAGUCGGCCUUAAAAAAGAUCCUCAAUCUGGACCCUUUCAAAUACUCUAUCGAGGAAAUAAAAUUGUACUGCAUGGGAAAGGUUAUAACUGCUCAUUCUCAUCACCGCAUUGAUUCCGAGAACACCAUUGAUUUUCAAGAUGCUACGUUAUUAUCCAUGUUGUUGGAUUUUUCUUCCUCAUCAGUCUCUGAAUAUUCGUCCGCAGGAAACAAUGUUCGAAAAGUUAGCCAUCUGGAGGAUAAGGAUUCCACAAGUCCCAGUUCUUCCUGCGCAAAUUCAUCCAGUGGAUCUUUCGCGCCACUGCCCAGCUCGGAUACGGUGAACUUUAAGAGCAUACCAUCCAUAUCCGUCAUGCCGAACUGGUCAUCUUUUACGCUGCUCUUCCGCCACAGUAACGGUGCUAUUCGACCGCACCGGGUGCACGUGCUAAAAAUUUCCCCAUCCUUUCAUCUCGCACUGAUAGGCCAAGCUCAAAGCGGAAACUUGGUGUCGUAUUUGUAUGAUGCCCUCCAGAUUAUGGUAACCCAUGUGCACUCAACCAAGUACCAAGAAUCUCAGUCCAGCAAAAAAGAAAUGCUCAAACUUUGGAGAUUAUGGAGAAAAGUUAUCCGUACCCGGAAUAUAAAAGGUCACUGA